CUGAAGCCUGCUCCAGGGCAAUAAGAGGAGAACCGGGUAUGAGGCAAAACAAGGAUGACCUGAGGCUAUUUCCUCGGUUCCCAGUCAGGCUGAAUACAAUGUACACAUGCAGAAGAACCAGCAGGUUGACAAGGGGAGCUGUGAGGUCGGAUAAAGCAAGUUCUUCAUGGACGAGGGUGUGAAACUCUAGGAGAAGAGAGUUGGGAUCUCUGCAGCUUCUGUGGAGCGAGCCGGGAUCAGGCUUUCAUUUGGGUAAGCAGAGGGCACUUGCCCUGAAAUAGAAGAAAACAGCAGUGAGCAAGAUGUGCAGUGCAGGAGCAAACAUGGGAAAGGAGUUGGGCAAAGAUAUGAAGAGCAAGACACGAAUGAAGAAAGUGAACCCCAACAUUGACAGGGGGUGGGCAUGGAUGGUGGUGCUGUCGUCUUUCCUUGUCCAUUUGCUGGUAAUGGGAUCACAGAUGGCACUUGGGAUACUCAAUUUGGAAUGGCUUGAAGAAUUCAAUCAGAGCAGAGGUCUGACAGCCUGGGUCAGCUCCCUCAGUAUGGGCAUCACUUUGAUUGUUGGUCCAAUUAUCGGCUUGUUCAUUAAUACAUGUGGGUGUCGAAAGACUGCCAUAAUAGGAGGGUUUCUGACUUCCCUUGGCUGGGUGCUGAGUGCCUUUGCACCCAAUGUGCAUUUUCUGUUCUUCUCAUUUGGUGUGACUGCUGGUAUUGGCAGCGGGAUGGUUUAUCUACCUGCAGUUGUCAUAGUCGGGCAGUAUUUCCAGAAGAGACGUGCCCUAGCGCAAGGUCUGAGUACCACAGGUACUGGCUUUGGGACAUUCUUAAUCACAGUCCUACUGAAGUACCUGUGCAGGGAGUUAGGCUGGAGGAAUGCCAUGAUUAUUCAAGGUGCUAUCACUCUAAACUUGUGUGCAUGUGGUGCGCUCAUGAGACCACUAGCCCAUGAUGAGGAACCCUUGAAAGACCAUGAAGAGUCUGCAGGUGACCCUGAAGAUGUCAAGGAAGGUACCCUGUUGAAUGCUGAUGCCGUAAAAGCUAGCAGAGAGUUACAUGAAGGAGAAGAGGGAACGGCCAGUGAAAAUACUGCUGUAUCAUGGAGCAAGGAAGAAACCAGCAAUGACAUAUUUAUUAAUGACAUGAACAAGCUUAGCAUCAUGAAGACCCUCACCCAUAUGACUGUGGCUAUAAGAUCUGGUUUCUUUGCCUGGUAUUCCAGCUACUUUGGCACAUCAUCCCUUUUCACCAAUAAAGUCUUUGUUGCCUUUGUCUUUUGGGCACUUCUGGCCUAUUGUAGCUUUGUGAUUCCCUUUAUCCACCUGCCGGAGAUUGUGGAGAUGUAUGGCCUGACAGAGCAGAACAACAUUUUUCCCCUCACCUCCAUCAUUGCCAUUGUACAUAUUUUUGGCAAAGUCAUUUUAGGUUUCCUUGGUGACCUGCCAUGUGUUAGUGCCUGGAAUGUCUUCAUUGCAUCCAAUGUUACCAUGGGCGUGAGCAUCCUUAUUCUGCCACUCAUGCAUGUCUACUCCAGCCUGGCUCUGGUCUGCGCUCUCAUUGGCUUCUCCAGCGGAUACUUCUCUCUUAUGCCCGUUGUCACUGAAGAUUUAGUGGGGAUCAAGCAGUUGGCGAAUGCUUAUGGCAUCAUUAUCUGCGCUAAUGGAAUUUCAGCACUUUUGGGACCACCUUUUGCAGGCUGGAUCUAUGACAUCACCCAGAAAUAUGAUUAUUCUUUCUAUGUUUGUGGCUUGCUGUACAUGGUGGGAAUCGUUUGCUUGCUUCUGGAACCCUGUCUGCAGUCAAAAGACCAACAAUCAAAGAAAUUAUCUGGCAGCCAAGAGUCCUGAAUAUUCCAAUAACUAUUUUAUUGCUGGAGGGCAAGGACCGGAGCCAGAACACUGUGCAUAUUGCAUACACCCCUUUGUUUCUACUGCUUUUUUAUGUUGGGGGUUGGAAAAAGAUGGGAGUUUCUUGUAGACUAUUACAAGCAAUCCUAGCAAAUGUCUACUCAGUCCUGUUAGUUAAGUUCUCAGAACAUCUAUUUCCAGAGUGUUCCAGACAUAACCAGCAGACAGAGUCCACAUACAAUGGUUUGGUUAGUUCAUUCUUAGUAGGUUUAGGCUGAAAAACAAUUAAUCAAACUGGAGACCGGUCUGCUAAUCCACUGAUAAUUAUACCUUACACAGGGAAACUAUUUAGAGAAGUUCCACUGGAAAGCCAGUACUGUAACCAAUUGCUUUCAGGCCUCGGCACCAAACUUGCACCACCCCCAAAUGUCUUAUGUUCUCCCAUGGCCAAUGCAGCUUCCCAUCAUAGAUAGGGUUGCCACCUUUUCUGGAAAAAAAUACCAGUUUGGAAAGCUAAUUGGUAAUUGGGUGAGCAGCGUGGGGAUUGUAUAGGUACUCAUAAUGUACAAAACACCCUGGCCCCUUCUUCACUUUAGCUUGGUGCUCAAUCUGGGGGGAUCAGGAUCAGACAUAACCAAAUGUAUAUGGCUAAAGAAACACAGGGAGGAGGAGACUGAGUAGCACCUCCAAGAGGUUUGUUUAGAUUUUAGUAAAAAAAAAUGUUUAGUGGGGCAGACUAAAUACUGUUAUAUUCUACCUUUGUUGAUUUAUGAAACAACACAACAAUAUUUGUGAAUGCAGUGUUGGACUGGCCCACCAGGAAAACUCCCGGUGGACCCAGGUGUCAGUGGGCCCUCCUGCUUCUAACCAUGGCCAUUCGCUAUUUCUAGAGGCUAAAUAGAUGGAAUAAUAGAUUAUAGUAAGUAAAGAAAAGAGACUAGAAUAGAAAUUGAGUGAGAAAAGGAAGAAAAUAUUACUGACAGUGGGACCCUGGUCUAAAAAUAUUUGGUGGGCCCCUAACCAAAGGUUUUUUGGUGGGCCCCUGGUGUCCCAGUCCAACACUGUGUGAAUGUUCCAGUGAUACAGGAGCACAUUCCAUGAUUAGAUUCCUUCUAGUCAUUCUUAAUUGAGCCAACAUUAUGCCAUAAGGUAUACAGGUCCUUUACCUAUGUCAUGUGAUUUAGAAACAUUACCUGUUUCUAUUGACUCCGGAGUCAAAAUUUGAUUUUGAUUUAUUUUUAUGGUAGUGGGAUUUUAUGAAAUAAAUCAUUACAUUAAUGCA